UCCAUGUAAAUUCUUUAUUAAAUCGAUGUUGUGGAGACCAAAAGUGGACAUCCUUAAUCAAAGCGGAUCACACAUGAAAGCAUACUAACAUUUUCCGCGCUACAGCUCACUUUCCUUUGAGGCUAAAGGCAAAGUAAAAGCAAACUAUAGAUCACCUCACGUUUAUGGGAAUGUAGUACGUGCUUGCGCGAUCGAGGAAGACCUGCUUGAUUAUUUAAAGCAUCCAACAGUUUCAAAACUGCAGUUGAAUCCAACUACGACGAGAGGAAACUUCGAUUACUUGAGGGGCGCAGAACGUUUUGAAAAUUUACUAGAAAUCAUGGCCUUCCGUUAUGAUUUGGUUUUAUUACUUGCUUCUUUCACCAUCCUGAAUUUUAAGGAAGCUCAAGGUAACUGCUAUAAAACAUGGAGCAGGUGCUCGAGAUGGAGUAGCUGGGGCACUGGAAGAUUGUGGAAGAGCUGCAAUGAUCGCUGCAUUGAGUUGGGUUACACUGGUGGAAGUUGUCAGCUCUGUCCUAGCACUUGUUGGAUGACCAAAAAAGCUUACCAGUGCAGAUGUUUUGGAACUGGAUCCUGUUAAAACCGCCUUAUGGCUGGUUGGAAACAACAACAACAAGAAUUUCAAACAUUGCAGCUUUUAAACAAAUAAAGAUGAUCUGCGUUUGGUGUUUGAUUUUAAAAGCUUCCAAAGCGUGGAGUGGAGUAUAA